UGGUUUCGGCUCUCUCCAGUCAUCAUGCUAGAGUGGAUCUCGGGCCCGAACGACCAAACUCGGUCGCCAGGAGAUAAAUCUCAGGUCGGCGAACCCCCCGAGACCCCUGCGCCCGUCUUUGCUAUUCGCGCCUUUAAGAGCGCUCUGUUUGGUACUCCCGGAGAGGACGACGACGAGAAGACACCAAAGCCAAAAUCUCUGCCCAUCGAUCGCUCGCGAAACGACAGCGAUGUACUGAAGCCGCCUACGCUCCAACCGUCUACGAAAACCGAUGCUGGCCCCGCAGUAAACAACAUGUUGUCCCCGACAAAGAGUAUUCUGGUCACGCCGGGGACGGCGUCGAACCGUCGGAAAACGGUCUCGUUUGGGGAUGGAGUGGUCGACAACGAACGCAGACGAGAAGAGCGGGACAAACCCCAGACUCCGGCGAGCACAACGGGACCGCUGAGUAGCCAGUGGUCCGUGGAUAGUAAAGGCAAACCGCGGAGCAAGCUCACGCAAGCCCUCCUGGAUUCUCGCGAACAAACCGCCAGGUCGGUGGAAUCGACUUAUUCCCGCACCGAACAGCCUCCAUCCCAACCGGUAACCAAGGCUCCCACUGCCGCAUCGCCAGAGGAGAAUAACGACGACACGAUCAAUCUCGACGAGCCCCGUUCCCAGUCGGGCAAGUACUGGAAGGCCGAGUUCGACAGCUAUCGCAACAAAACCACGCGCGAGAUCAGGAAGCUCAUCCAGUACCGGUCCGCCGCCAAACAAUACGCGCGGAAGAAGGAUGCCGAAGCCCUGCGGUUGUCGGACAAGCUGAAGGAGGAGGAAGUCAAGGUCGCCGACAUGGAACGUCACGUGACGCAACUGGCGUCGACCAUGGUGGAGGAGAACACCAACGCCGACAAGGAGAAGCUGGUGCAGGACCUCACCAAGCAGACGGCGCUCGCGCUGCAAUACAAGCACCGGGUCGGCUUACUGCGCAAACUCCUCGAGCAGCACGGGGUCGUGGGUGUGGACGCGGACGCGGACGACGCGACGAACGCAGUCGAACCCAAGAACGCGCCCGACGCGGCGGAUCAGCAGCUCCGCAAGACCCAGCAGGCACUGGGUCAGGCCAACGCGAGGAUUACCGAGAUGAAGCGCCAGGAUACUGACUUCAGCCAGCUCAAGGACCUCGCGCGGAGCUCGGAGCGGAAGGCAUCGGAGUUGGAGAAGGAGAACACCAACCUCAAGCAGACCCUCGCACGCGUCAAGCAGGAGAUGACCAAGUACGAGGGCCGGCGCAAGGAGAAGGAAGCGAAACUGCGACAGCGGGAGGCCAAACUGGAGACGCGGAUCCAGGAGUACCGGGAACGCCUGAAGACCGCGUCGCAGCAACGCCGCGAGACAGAGGAAGACCUCAAGCAGUCCUUCAAUGACGAACGCCGGCAGAUGCUGGAGCAAAUCGAUCUACUAAAGCUCAAGGUGGCCACCAUCGAGCGACUGCCUGAGCUCCGCGCCCGAGCGAAUCGCUACUCGGAGAGCCCGCGAAAAGGCCACACAGGAGUCCAGAUGUUCGACUUUGGGCAGACCAGCCCCCAGCGGGAGCCACAAUACGACGAGACCGAGGAGAUAGAUGAGCCUCCGAGUCCGAGUCCGCGCGCAGCCAAGGGCCAGCGCUCGCACCAACACGCGCGCAACUCCCUCGGCGAGUUAGAGCUGCGACGAGCGGCCCAAACACUAGGCCUGGAGACGCGUGGCGAGCGCCCGUAUUCCUUCGCGGGGGAGUCCCCGUUGAAGCCAAACGGGGGCCAUUACCACGAAGAAUCCAACAUCGCCGCCCUACCACCCUCCUCACCCCCAGACUACCCAUCCCUCAAACCGACCUCGCACCACGCCACGGCCGACACAGCCAAACACAAACACGACCUCGACAGCUACCGCUCCUACCGCCCCUCCCACACGUCCAUGACCGCGCUCGCCCACCACCUCGCAUCCCUAGAUACAGACAACCGCCACCAAAUCCGCCACGACCGUCUGCGCACCCGCCGCCGCUCCCCAGUCAAGUACAGCCUCGACGCCGUGUCCGCGCUCCCAGACGCCCACACCGGCGCAGAGCGCGCCCGCAGACGGCAAAGCCUCGCCACCGUCCAACGAGACUCGAUCCCAGCCGAGCGCAUGCUCGCAGCACAGGCACGUCUCAAACGGAAGGACGACAGCCGGAAGGGCAAAAGCGAGGGGAAGGAAAAUAUACGCACAUACAGUCAUUAACUACCGGCCAUGGGGGGUCAGUUAGUGAUUAGGUCUUGAUUCAUUUGUUUUUCUUUCAUUUGUUUUUUUCCUUAAUUGUGACUGGCGUUGUCCCACAUACGACUAUGUAUCGCUGGCUUGUUUUCUUUCCACGUUGAUUCUAGCCCUUUGCUUUCUCUUUCUUCUUUCUUGCCUGUCUGUCUAUCUCUACCUUGUCUCCUGGAUUACUACUUAUUAGCUGCAUUAUAAUUUCGUUAUACCCCCGAGAUGAAGAAACAGGAUAGCAUUCUGAAUGAUGGCGAUCAAUCAUCUACAGAAUUGCAAUGCAAU